CUAUGCCAUAUACAUGUGCACGAUUUAGUACGGCACACGAUGCGCAUGCCUGCUGAAAAUUUUAAUACUCUGCAUUGGCACACAAUUUAAAUUCUCCUUAAAAGAGUGUGUACUUUAAUGUGAGCACUUCGCGAAGAAAAAUAUCGUCCGCGGGAAAAUGAAUGCUUUGUAUGUGACAGUGUCUAUUCCGCUUCUCCUAGUGCUUGCUGGCUUCAACCAUGCACAUGGUCUCACCACCUUCGGAAAGUCGAGCAACAACAACCAGCAGAAUGCACCAAUACAGCCAUCUGUUCAGAGACCAUGUAAAUCACAAGCCAAUUGCACGGUCAUAAAGGGGACAACUUGUAUUGAAGGAAAAUGCUUAUGCGGUGAUAACACCAAUCCAGUGAAUGGAGCAUGUAAAGCACAAAUUAAAGGACCUCGACAUUUAUGUAGCACAGACACAGACUGUGUCGACAAUGCUGAUUGUUUACCACAAAAGGAUAAGCAAAAUAAAAUAGAUCCAAACGGCGACAAAGUAUGUACUUGCCAAGAGGGAUUCGCAGAAAUGGGUUAUCAGUGUUCAGGUUCUGCUACUUUACCAACGUACCCAGGAAUGGCUUUUUUGGGACUUUUAUUACUUUACAGAAGUUUCGACUGGUGUAAUUUUUUGAAGGCCGCACUUUAAUGUGAUCACAUGGAAAAAUCGAUAAUAUGCACUGUUUCUCAUGAAUGCAUAAUGCAUCCUUCAAUUAGACAUGUUCUCCGCCAAUAACAUAAAACAUUUUUAUUCAUGAAUCAAAAAAUCUUAUUUGUAUGUAGAUAAACUUAUUCUCUAUCCAAGCGAGUUGCAGCUUGAAAAAAAGUUCACUCGAUAACAUUCUGUGCCACAUUCAUCAUUACCUAAUUCCGAUAAAAUUUCAUACUUAUAAUUCCAGUACUUCAGCUUUUACGAUCAGAAUUAUAUUUCUAGAUUAUCCUUAUUGAUAGUAUAUUCGUAAAUAUAUCAUUUGAGCUUCUUUAUUAUUAUUGUAUUUCUACUGAAAUGUGGUCCAAAGUUUUCGUUCUCCUGCACCGUCACGAUUAAGCAAUCAGCACGAUUAGUUUUAGAUGUAAUAUUAAGCACUCAAUAAAUAGAUAAUGAUAAUGCCGAAUAAAAUUCAUUAUAAUUUUAUAUAUCUAAACUUAUACCCUCAUUUAUAAAUAAAAACUGAAAAUAUGA